CUCGGGCCAGAGCGGAAGUGGUGACCGGAGCGGAAGUGGAGCCGCCGCCACCGCCGCCGCCGCCGCCGCCGAUUCCGGAGCCGGGGUAGCUGCUGCCGCCGCCGCCACUGCAGCCGCCGCCGGAGGAGUGGGCUUGGAAGGAAGCGGUCACUGCGCCCGGAGCUCCGCUCGCAAGCGUCUUUGCCCCCCUGCAGUCCUCCCACAGGAAUGACCAUGGAUAAAAGUGAGCUGGUACAGAAAGCCAAACUCGCCGAGCAGGCAGAGCGCUACGAUGACAUGGCUGCGGCCAUGAAGGCAGUCACGGAGCAGGGGCACGAGCUCUCCAACGAGGAGAGAAACCUGCUGUCUGUUGCCUACAAGAAUGUGGUCGGUGCCCGCCGUUCUUCCUGGCGUGUCAUCUCCAGCAUCGAACAGAAAACAGAGAGGAACGAGAAGAAGCAGCAGAUGGGCAAAGAGUAUCGUGAGAAGAUCGAGGCAGAGCUGCAGGACAUCUGCAACGAUGUUCUGGAGCUGUUGGACAAAUACCUUAUUCCCAAUGCUACACAACCAGAAAGUAAGGUGUUCUACUUGAAAAUGAAAGGCGAUUAUUUUAGAUAUCUUUCUGAGGUGGCAUCUGGAGAAAAUAAACAAACCACUGUGUCAAACUCCCAGCAGGCUUACCAGGAAGCAUUUGAAAUUAGUAAGAAAGAAAUGCAGCCUACACACCCAAUUCGACUGGGCCUGGCACUUAAUUUCUCCGUCUUUUACUAUGAGAUUCUAAACUCUCCUGAAAAGGCUUGCAGCCUGGCAAAAACGGCAUUUGAUGAAGCGAUUGCUGAAUUGGACACACUGAAUGAAGAGUCUUACAAAGACAGCACCCUGAUCAUGCAGUUGCUUAGGGACAAUCUCACUCUGUGGACGUCCGAAAACCAGGGAGACGAAGGAGAUGCUGGGGAGGGAGAGAACUAAUGUCUGUCGUGCUUCGUGAUCUCUUCAGUGUCACUCUGUACCCUCCACGUAUAUCCCUUUGUGCGAUAAAAAAAAAAAAAAAAAGAAUCGUACGUCGACUUUCAGUUUUUCACAGCCUCAGCCUAGCAAAAAUGGUCCGUGGGAUAAGCAGCUGGUAUUUGUAUCUAAAACUCAGAUUGGUCACAUAAAUGCCACGGCAUUCUGAAGUUUUGAUUUCGAAGAACAUUGACAGGAUUACUGUGUGUUUAAUUUUUUUAAAAAAACUGAACACUGUGAUUAUGGGGUUUUGUAAUUUAGCAGAACUCUUACUGGUAGAAAACAAAAUAGACCUGAAUUAUGUGUAACAUUUUGGAAAGUUUAAUUCAAUUCAAAACAGUCACUGAAAUACAGUUCCAUUGUAAAGUUGUACAGAAAGUUAUAGAGAUUAUAUUGUGACACUGGGACUUGGAGUGAGACACCUCUAGUUUGGCAUUCGAGUUUCAUGGUAAUUCACAGUGAUUCUUCCUGUUCUGUUCAGGGCUUGUAGACACUUGACCCGUUGGGGCUGUUGCCACUCAAAGGUUCAUGACUGCGGAUGGCCACAGUGUCUUCCUCUGAGGACAGUCGAAGCCAGAAAUUAACAUUCUUGGUGGCAGAUAACUGGCUUAUGACACCAUGCAGAGGUCCAGUGCUCACAGACCACACGUGAUUCCAGCCCCUUUCCUACAGCAGCAUGUUACUGAUUGGCAACUUGUGCUUCCAUAGUGGGAUCUGUUUUUCCUGUAACCACGAGCUCAAGAAGGAAAAAAAAAAGCCGUGUAUCUUAUGAAUGGCCUUAUCUGUUUCCUGGGUAACACCUUUAAGAAUAAUGUUCUGCAGAGAUUGCCUUUCACUUGAGGAGUAAGUACUCAGUCUUUGGGUUCUUCCUAGCUCGGGGCUUUAAAAUUUUGAAAUCUAAACAUUCUUUCCCACUGUCCUUUUUGACUAUUGACUUUGGUUUUCUCUUCUCUCUCAAUUUCUGUCCUUCAGCUUCCUUACAUUGUUUUCUUUGUGCAUUCUCUUUCUCUUUGCCUUUUGCUCACAGUUUAGUACUAGAUGAGCAGGGACAGGGGACCUGGAGGGGGUGAGGGAUGUUGAUGAGCACUUGGGUGAGCCGGCCUUGCUUCAGAGAGUUGAAAAGAGCUUCCCGCAUCUCAGCUCUGUCUUCUUCCAGUUCUCACAACGGUGGUUGCUCUUCAGUCACACCAAGAUCUGACUCAAAAAAGUAUUUUUAAAUAUCCAUGGUUUCUCCUUAUAUUGCAGCCAGCCCUGAUGAUGCUUGUUAGCACCUGUCACCAGCUCUCCCAAGUGUACCCAUCCUGUCAAGUUCACAGACACGUUUCAACAAGACCCUGUAAUGCAGGGAAGUUGCAUGAACACUGCGAUGGGGAGAGUUGGGAAUAGCCAGGCCUACCAGUCUCACAGUAUCCCCCCCCCUCCCCUGAACAUUCCCCAUAGCCGUAGUGUCCAUCUGUUUGUCCAUCUGCUGAAAUGAGAAACAUUCAUGCACUGAUUUCAAACAAACCAAAAGGAAAAAAAAGAAAAAAAAAAAUCCCUCUCCUUUCUAGCUGAACAAAAAUGUGCAGUUAAUACUUGGCGCUUGAAAACGCAGUAGUGAGUGUGGAACGAGCCUGUCUGUAUAUCUGGUAGCUCUCUCUUGCUUUGUUUUUCCUCACCAGUAUUCUGCCUCACGUUUGCUUCUGUGAUGGUUAUAUUGCCUAGCAAGCACACCUGUGGUUGUGAAAAUAGUAUAGCAAAAAAGAAAAAACCCCGGUUAUUGAUGUACUCGAUUUGUGUAUGUCUUUUAAACAGUUCUAGUUUCCACCUUACACGGAAUAAUCAGGAAAAGUGUAAAAACUCAAAAAUGAAAUAAAAAAUUUUAUCAGUUA